AUGGCCGUCUUGAGCUUUUCGCUCACGCAAGAAGCUACAGGCCGUCUAUACGAGCUUUUGACCUGCCUCGCAAAAUUUGGAGACACCGUGUCACUGGAGGCAAGAAGUGAGAAGGCAUGUCUUCGCGAAUGUACUCCAUCCAGCAAUGGUGACCGCUUCACCUGCCAGCUGUUCAACAAGUCUUUGCAGUCUGUAUUCAAAGGCCGCACACAAGAUGCUAUCGGCAAGAACCCUGGAAUCGAGCGCUGUGAUGUGACAGUGCAAGAUCAGGACGAUAAGGCGGAAUGCCGUCUUGUUGUGAAGAUGCGAGCAAAGCACGGCAUGACGAAGACAUUUCGCUUGACAUAUGAAUCUUCCGAGGUCAUGCAUGCUCUGUUUGACCGAACGACCGCUUCUCAAGGCUUUCGCAUCUCGUCCCGCGUCAUGAGGGAGUAUGUCGAAUACUUCCACCCAAAGACGGAGCAAUUAGAUUUGCUGGCUCAAGAUGGCAAAGUGGUCCUGACCAGCUUCACUGACAAGGUUCAAGAUGGCAAAGAAGUGCUCAAGCAACCACUUGAGACUGCUAUUGCGAUUCACACAGAAGAUUUCGAGGACUUCCAUAUGCAAGAAGGCAUGCACAUUAUCAUCAGCGUCAAAGACUUUCGAGCUAUUGUCACACAUGCUGAGACAUUGCGUGGACCUAUUCACGCAUACUUCUCAUACCCCAAUCGACCUCUACAAUUCAGCUACCAAAAUCAUGGCAUUCACUGCGAGUUCACUUUGAUGACCACUGGUGAUCGUGGAGCAUCGGCAUCCUCGAACAAUUCCGCGCCAAAAUUUGUUUCAACACGUCCAAAUGGAACGUCCUCUCGACAGCCUUCUGCCGUUCCGUCGCAACGCAACGGCCGGUCGAACCCCGAGAUGCCACCUCCCGGUCGACCAAGUGCUGGCAGGCCGCUCGCGAGUCAAAGUCAGCGUAUGGCUGCGCGAGACAGACCGCGCCCAACAGCCAUUACUGUGGAAGACGAUGAUCCAGAUCCGGAGAGUCUUUUCAUACCCACAGCAGGUGGCGAUGACGACCAAACCUGGGAUCCCCCCGAUUACGAGCAGGACGACGACGAGAUGCUCGGGUGGGAUGCGAGUAAUGACAAUUUCUCUGCCAGCAUACGGCCAACCAUAAGGGAUCUGAGUAGC